UUCCAGUACCGUGCCCCCGCCCAAACCCUCCCCCCUCCCCACCCCGCUGGUAUCUUCCGGCGAGCCCUCUCCACUCUCCCCGUCGGGCCGCCCCACCUCCCAUCGACGCAGCCGGCCUCGCUGGAAGCCACCGCCUCCCGCCUCGAGUCCGUCUCGCCGCGGCCGUUGUCCCUCAAGUAUAGACGGGGCCGGCGUCUGGAUCCAAGUAGGUUGCGGUGUGAAGUGCCACCUUUCCACAUGGAAUCAACAGCGGAAGGUCUCCAGCCCCGAACAUUCUCCGUCAAACUGUGGCCACCGAGUGAAAGCACUCGUCUGAUGCUUGUAGAGAGGAUGACCAAGAACCUGUCCGCUGAGUGCAUCUUCUCUCGCAAGUAUGGCAUUUUGAGCAAAGAAGAGGCUCAUGAGAAUGCUAAGAGGAUCGAAGAGGUGUGCUUUGCUUCUGCGGAGGAGCAUUUCAAGAAGGAGCCUGAUGGUGAUGGUAGUUCUGCUGUCCAGCUAUACGCAAAAGAAACUAGCAAGCUGAUGCUUGAAGUCCUGAAAAAAGGCCCAAGGACAACCGAGGAACCAGAAGCACCUGUUGUUGAUACACCUCUUGAGCCUGCUGAUACUGUGUUUGACAUAUCUGGUGGCAAGCGCGCUUUCAUUGAGGCAGAAGAAGCAAAGGAACUUCUCAGUCCACUAACAAAACCAGGAAACUCGUAUAAAAGGAUUUGUUUCAGCAACAGGAGCUUUGGUAUUGGUGCUGCCAAUGUUGCUGGCCCAAUUCUUGAAUCAAUAAAAUCGCAGCUCACAGAGGUAGAUAUCUCAGAUUUUGUCGCUGGAAGACCCGAGGACGAAGCCCUUGAUGUGAUGCGCAUAUUCUCCAAAGCUUUAGCAGGGUCUGUACUGAGUUACCUGAACAUCUCUGACAAUGCUUUAGGUGAGAAGGGUGUGCGAGCAUUCACAGAGCUGCUGAAAUCACAGGGCGACCUGGAAGAGCUAUAUGUUAUGAACGAUGGCAUAUCAGAGGAAGCUGCAAAAGCUCUAUCUGAGCUUAUUCCUUCAACUGAGAAGCUUAAGGUUCUCCACUUCCACAACAAUAUGACUGGUGAUGAAGGUGCUAUGCCAAUUGCUGAGAUGGUUAAGCGUUCUCCAAACCUAGAGAGCUUCAGGUGCUCCGCGACAAGGAUAGGCUCUGAUGGUGGAGUGGCACUGGCUGAGGCAUUAGGGACAUGUACUCGUCUGAAGAAACUUGAUAUCAGGGACAACUUAUUUGGUGUGGAGGCAGGGGUAGCUCUCAGCAAAACCCUUCCAAAGCUCGGUGGCCUCGUUGAGCUCUAUCUCAGUGACCUCAAUCUUGAGAAUGAGGGUACAAUAGCAAUAGUGAAUGUCCUCAAACAGUCAGCGCCUCAGUUGGAGGUCCUUGAAAUGGCAGGAAAUGAAAUAACUGCCAAAGCAGCCAAAGCUGUAGCAGAAUGCUUAACGGCAAUGCAGUCGCUCAAGAAGCUGACCUUAGCUGAGAAUGAGCUGAAGGAUGAUGGAGCAGUGACAAUCGCAAAAUCUCUGCAGGAAGGUCACCCGGAUCUGAAGGAGCUUGACGUGAGCACGAAUCUGUUUCAGAGGUCUGGAGCCCGGUGCUUUGCUCAAGCAGUCACAAACAAGCCAGGUUUCGUGUUGCUGAACAUCAAUUCGAAUUUCAUCUCCAACAAAGGGGUCGAUGAGGUGAAGGAGAUCCUGAAGGGAGGCAAGAACUCGCUGGAGGUGCUUGGCCCGCUGGAUGAGAACGACCCCGAGGGGGACCCUGAAGAUGGCGAGGACGAGGAGGAUGGGGAGGAUGCCGAUGACGAGGAGAAGGACGGGGACGAUAACGGCGACGGUGGCCUGGGCUCGAAGCUGCAGGGCUUGAAGGUGGAGGAGGAGGACUAGUCGUGUCUAGGGUUGUGGCAAGAUUAGCUCCUGUCUUUUGCUCCGGUUAGCUUCUGAAAUGUUCGCCGUACGGGCUAAAAUUUUCACAUGAAGAGAACUCACCGUGGCUCAAUUGUUUUGAACCGAGUCAAGCACAAGCAGCCAGUUGGGCGGUUUAUCUGUACUUCUGUACCAACUUCCGUUGAACAUUUUUUUCCUUCAUGUUUUUAACACUGUCGCUGAGAUAUUUUGGGAACCUACACUAUGCCGUGAUGCGGUAUCCGCAGGAUCCAUGAGUUGACUAUAUAAGAUGCGGCCGAUGGGCCUUUUUCAUUA